AUGCUGGAAGGAGUAUGCAAACUGUAUGCUGUGAAUUCGAUCUCAGCUCCAGCUAAAUUCAAGCCUUCUGGUGUUGAGCACCAACUAUACUUUGAGAAUGGAUGUGCUUCUCAGCCUGAGCUCUCUCCAGUUGACAGAGGUUUUGUCACCGUCGAGCGAGUCCCUUUGAAAGACCAGUCGUCGCGUAAAGCACUACAAAUCAAACCAAUCAAAUUGAAGAAACGAAAGUUGCAUAGACGGAGGAGAAACCCAGAAAUCGUAACUUCGUGA